AUGCGCUAUGCACAUUUGGUUAUUGGGCCUGCAGGGAGUGGUAAAACAACGUAUUGUCGCGUAAUGCAAGAGCAUUUUGAAUCCAUAGGCCGCACUUGUCACAUAGUAAAUUUAGACCCGGCCUCUGAAGAGGGUAUGGCUCAGGACGAUACAAAUACAUCUGUUAAUGAAAAUAAAUUAAAUCCUUAUGACACAGAUAUAAGAGAUCUAGUAAACAUAGGGGACAUAAUUUCUUAUAGCAAACUUGGACCUAAUGGUGCUCUAAUUAAGUGCUCGGAAAUAUUGCAGGAGAAUAUUGAUUGGUUGUAUGAAGAAAUUGAAUCUUCCUAUGGCGAUGAAACUAUAUUACUAUUUGACACUCCAGGGCAAAUUGAAUUGUUUACCCAUCUUUCAUAUGUUCGUGACAUUGUAUCACUGCUUAAGCGAUUAAAUAUUAACGCCGUAGCACUAUUUCUACUUGAUGUUUCAUUUCUUGGCGACCCAUCAAAAUUGGUUGCCGGAUCUCUUGCUGGGUUAGCAGCAAUGGCAAACCUAGAAACUCCACAUGUAAACGUUGUUACUAAAUGUGAUUUAUUAGAAUCCACCAAAUCUGAAAAUAAUAAGUCAUAUGGAGUUCAUGUUCCUAGUGCCUUUAUGGACAUAACGUCCAGCUCCUAUGGAUUAUCUAAUAAUAUGUCACUCAAACACAGUAACAUUACAAAAUCAUUGGAUAAAAAUGAUGUUGAAAAUGAUGGUUCUAAAUAUAAUCCCACAAAAAUAUACUCAACUUACAACCAAGAUUCCACCUUUUCUGCAGUAGAUUUCUGUGAAGUUAUUGCCAAUCAAAACCCAGAUGAAUUACUAUCGGCGUUAUCUGCUCAUUUGCCUAGAAAAUUUCAAAAACUAAAUGAAGCCUACGUGCAGAUGCUAUCGGAUUUUAACCUGGUCAGUUUUAUAUCACUAAACUACAACGACCCUGAUUCCAUAGAAAAACUUAUUUUUCAAACAGAUAUCGCAAUACAAUUUGGCGAAGAGGCGGAACCAAUGAUGAAGUUUUGA